AUGCAAUUCGCUAGGUCUUUGCUGGCUCUUGUGGCCCUCGGUGCCAGCCUCGGUCUUGCUGCUCCAGCUCCAGCUCCCGAUAAAGAUGUUACCCAAGCCGCUCAGAGUUGUCCCUCCGAGUAUGCAGUUUGCGGAUGUGUUGGUGACGGCGGUGGUGAUGGAGCCAUAUGCGGAAAGAAGACCAUCAGCGAUUAUGCCAGUUGUCCCGUUUAG